UCAUGCACGAUGCAUCUUACUCAAUGACGUUCAUAGAGAAGGAUAUCAGGGAGAACGCGUAUUACGAAAGCGACAAACGUUAUAUAAUGCGAUUUCCUCGUUUGGUUCUAACACCAAUCGGUAUUUGGCCUUUAUUAAAAGGACAGGUAUCAAAAACGGAAAAAUUUCUAUCGUUUAUAUUUCUCCUAACAUGUUUUGUUCUAAUGUGCUUCAUUCUGAUACCCUCGACGAUUAAUAUAUUGGUGUUUGAGAAUGAUAUUAAUAUAUUAAUGAAAAAUAUCGGUCCAACCAUUUUUUGCUUCUCUUCGGCCAUAAAGUAUUUCUACUUUGUUUGGCAUAGACAAGACUUCAGAAUUUGCAUAGAAUACGUGGAAAAUGAUUGGAAGGCCGUACGAGAAAAAAAAGAUCGUAUUAUCAUGUUGAAAUAUGCGAUCCUCAGUCGAAGACUCACUAAACUCAGUGCAAUCUUUCUUUACGUCGGCGGUAUAUCUUUUCACACGAUCAUGCCGUUUAUCGCUGGACGUCAUUUUGUCGGGAACGUGACAGUCAAAACAUUGAUAUAUAAUGGAUACGAUAUAUUUUUCGAUUAUCAAACGAGCCCAACUUACGAGAUCGUCUUAUCCAUUCAUUGUUUUACGGCCGUCAUUAUGUAUAAUAUUACUACGGCGUCAUGCAGCCUCGCUGCGGUAUUUGUCACUCAUGUCUGUGCUCGGAUCGAAAUAGUGAUGUCGCGUAUCAAUGAUCUCGUCGAUGAUACCUCCGACAAUUACAAGUACAUCAGUUAUCGUCUUGCUACGAUCGUCCGGGAACAUGUUAACGUAUUAAGGUUUGCAAAAAUCAUUGAAAGGGUCUUACGUGAAAUAUGCUUAUUCGAGCUAGUUGUAUCCUCGCUUACCACAUGCUUAUUAGAAUAUCAUUGCAUAACGGAAUGGGAAAAUAGCGACGGAGUUGCGAUUUCCAUAUAUUUUAUUUUGUUCAUUUCUUUGAGUUUCAACAUUUUUAUCUUUUGUUAUAUAGGAGAACUUCUCGUCGAGAAGUGCAGUCAAGUUGCCCAAGCCUGUUACAAUAAUAGAUGGUAUUAUCUGUCCAAAAAGAAAGCCCUCGAUUUUCUUUUAAUAACAAUGAUAUCUCAAUAUCCUCCAAAAAUUACGGCCGGCAAAAUAGUCGAACUCUCGUUAUAUACAUUCGGUAAAGUUCUAAACACCUCCUUCGUUUAUCUAAAUGUACUUCGAACGAUCACAAAAGAAAACAUAUCUAUAUCAUAAACAUUUUCAAGGUACAAGAAGUAGGACGACUAAUAUAAAAACUACAGAAACA